AUGAACCAAAGGAUCCAGGUAGCUACCAAGUAUGCAAGCUUAAAGAUGGAUACUUCGAAACCAGGAACUUACAGAUACAAAAUCAAGGGAGUUUCCGAUGGAGUGUACGACUUGUCCGAUCUCAACUUGAACAGCAAUACUCCGGUUGUAGUGGAACAGGUUGUGGAAAAACGGCCAACUGCUGCUUUUGUUAACAAGGGACGUGACUACAAGACCUGUGUGAAUUCGUAUAUUGAUGGAGAUUCUGAUCAGUCUGUUGAGGGUAUUGGAAUUAGUCUAGUUGGUCAGGCGCCAUUUACAUUAGGCAUUGAAUUACACCAUGAAAGUACUGGAAAGGUCAGAAAGCUAACAAUUCCCGACAUCAACCAAUCAACAUUUAAACUGAAGAGCAUAUUCAAAAAUUUGAGUCUGGGUAGAUAUACAGUUUCUUUUACAAGCAUCGUCGAUGGUAAGGGAUGCUCAAGUUCAGAUUUCCGAGACGAUGAACGAGUACACAUUCUAGUAUCUGACGUUCCAAAGAUCACACCUCUCAAUCCUAAGGAUAACUACUGUGUUGGGGAAAGAAUUGGCUUUGCUCUCGACGGAGUGCCACCUUUUGAUGUUGUUUAUGAAUUCAAUGGUAAGAGACAACACGCAAUUACAAGGACAUCGCCCUUUUCUCGACUUGCCUCAACAGACGGAAACCUGACAUUUAUCAGCCUGUCAGACAGUGUGUCGAACUGUGAGGGUCGCCUAGAUCACAUGAGCCCAAUAAUCAUACGACCAAUCCCAUCUGUCAGAAUCAGGGAGGAGAUAUCACGCCAAGACAUUCAUGAAGGUGACCAAGCAGAACUGAUAUUCAGUUUCACUGGCACCCCUCCAUAUUCUUUCACAUAUACCCGUAGCGAGCUGGUGGGACGUCCUGCCAAGCUCACUGUGGUCGAGUCACACUCUGUAUCCGACGUAAACAGUUCGGAAUAUAGUAUAUUCACUAGCACUCAGGGCACAUAUGAAGUAGUGGCCCUAGAAGACGCAUACUGCUCAGUCAGCAACCGCUAA